AUGGAAAACACAUAUUUAAUCAAUCUACCUACCGAAAUACUUCAUCAUAUAUUUGAUUAUUGUGAUAUCGAAACGAUUCUACUCACACUUGGUCGUGUUUGCAAAAGACUUCAUACUAUUGUUUAUCGAUAUAAUCGGUUUCAUCUUCACUUUACUGAGAGAAAUAUAACGUCUAUGGGACAUCUACUUCGUAUUGUGCCAAACCAUUCUAUCAUUUCUUUGCAUAUGGACUUGAUGAACAGAUGGUAUGAGACAUUUAACAACUUGGUUCAUAAAUAUAAGACUCGAUUUACACGGCUUCGAUAUUUGGGAAUUCCUGAAGUGAAAGACGAACAUUCGAAAAAUCUUUUCACGAAUGAAAAUUCCAUAGAACUGAUCUCACUCGAAAUCGAUUUCAUCAGUAGACCAAAUUACGCAAUAUUUUCUAAGCUUUCAUCAAUGUUGACGAGAUUAAAUGUUCAAAAAUUGUACUGUAAAUGGUUAGAAUACAAAGCUGACAAUAUGUCAUGGCCUAUUCCAUGCAAAUUAACGUAUUUAAAAUUGAGAAAAUGUCUUUAUAGUGAAUAUCGUUUUCUUCUUCAGCAAUUACCUUGUCUAAAAAUACUCGAACUGGAGGAAUGUAUUAUGAACACUGAACAAAUGUGUACACCAUCAUCUAACAUUUCAUUCAUUUCACCAUUAACAUGUUUGAUCAUUACUGAGUGUUCAGUGCCGAUAGAAUGCCUGAGAUCAUUAAUUUUAGCAAUACCUAAACUUCGUCAUCUUAAGUUACGUUAUUGGCAAAACAUAUUCAACUCGGUUGUUGAUCUUUAUAAUUGGGAAAAAUUUAUCCGCACUGAAUUGAAUUUCCUUGACACAUGUGAAUUUUUAGUCUCCUACAAAAUUGCACCAGAUGAUAAAAUUAAGCUUCAAUCAAUUCUUGAUCCAUUUCUAGAACCAUUUUGGGUGAAUGAAAAACGUUGGUUUAUUGGUUGUGAAUAUGUCUUCGGACGUUCAACUAUUUUACUUUAUACAAUACCAAUAAGUUUUCAUUUUUACCAUUGUGGAGGCGUGUGUUAUGCAAUCUCAGCUAAAACCAAUAGCUAUCAUUCAAUUCAGCGAUUAUCUAAGCACAAGUUCACUAAUACACUCAUCAAAUUAGAUAUCUCUCACGGGUACGCCCAUGAAGAAGAUGUGCAAUAUCUCGUUCCUGUGUUGGAAAAUAAUCAUCCAAUUGUCAUGAUGUAUUUAAACAGAAAUUGGAUAAAAAAUGCUAGUGUACAACGUAUUAUUGAUGCAUUACAAAAUAAUACCACAGUGACGUCAGUGAAUCUUCAAGAAUUUAAUAUUAAAGCGCAAGAAGCUUGUCAUAUAGCUCAUAUGUUGGAGACUAACAAAACACUCACUGUGCUGAACAUUGGAUGUAACGGAUUAGGAGACAACGGAUUGUGUUCGUUGUCCGAAGGGCUACAAAAGAAUAUGACACUGGAAGAGCUUUAUCUUGAUAACACCAGGAUUGGAGAUGCUGGCGUAAAGUCUUUAGCACAAGUGUUACAAAACAAAAUCAAUGGACUCAAGAUUAUUAGUCUUGCAAGUAACGAAAUUGGAGAUGAUGGUGCACGAGAUCUCGCUUUAGCAUUGCGACACAAUAAAACUCUGACAAAGCUCGAUCUCACUCGCAAUAAAAUUGGUAUUCCUGGGGCACAAUAUUUCUUUGAAUCUUUACAAUCGUCUCAAGUCAAAGUAUUCUUAGAAGAAAAUAGAGAUUCUUGUCAUUUAGUUGUUAAAGUGGUGAGCAAAAUAAAAAAUGAUCAGGUGAUCUUAGAAUUUCUCUUUCUGAUAUUUAUGCAUGGCUUCUUUUCUUGUUAG